GGCAACGCUCAGGCGCCAGGGCCUCAGCAGAGGUCAGCGCUGGCCUCAGCAUUUCCCUCUGAAACCGGCACAACUGACUCUAGUUGCCGGUAGCCUUCAUACAAAACUGAGAAUCGACCUUCGUUCUCCUACACCCCAUUCUACUGGACAACACUACCAGUCGUCAUGUCCCUCCCCAGUACUUUCAAACAGCUCGUGCUGCGUGAGCGUCCUGAAGCCGAGGUUAACUCGAACACGUUUGAACUUCAAACACUUCCAUUGAGCUCGCUGAAAGUGGGCAGAGAGGAAACACUUGUCCAGGUCACUCAUGUCUCUCUCGACCCUGCCAUGCGCGGCUGGCUCGCCGACGUGCGCAGUUACAUCGAGCCCGUGCAAAUAGGUGCAGUUAUGCGCGCAGGGGGUCAGGGAGUCGUUGUCAAGGUUGGGGAGGGGAGCACGUUCAAGGUGGGAGACCGUGUUGGCGGAAUGACUGGAUGGGCGGAGUUCCUCGUGCUUCCCGACAGGAAGCUCACCCUCAUUACGUGCCCCCCAGGAGCCACUCCACUGGAUUUCAUGAACACAUUAGGCGCGCCAGGUACGCUCUUAGUUAGCCUUUUUGGCCUUCAUGAUGUGGGCAAGAUCAAGGCUGGCGAAACCCUUGUGGUAUCUGGCGCCGCAGGUGCUGUUGGCUCUCUUGUCUGUCAACUCGGGAAGAAGGCGGGCGCGACCGUUAUUGCUAUCGCAGGAACACCCGCGAAGUGCGAGUGGCUCGUCAAGGAGGCCGGCGUAGAUGAAGACAAGGUACUCAACUACAAGGACCCUAAGUUCAAGGACAACUUUAGGAAAACCGUUGGCUAUCUAGACGUGUACUUUGACAACGUUGGGGGAGAAAUGCUGGAUCUCGCUAUGAGUCGGCUGAAGAAGAACGCGCGCAUUGUGCUAUGCGGUGCCAUAUCCGCUUAUAACGCUACUGCGAUGGUAGGACCGAAAGGCCUCAGGAACUACCAAGCCUUGAUCGGACAACGUGCUCGUAUGGAAGGUUUUGUUGUGUUUGACUACGCGCACAGAUACGCUGAGGCAAUCCAAGAGAUUGCCAAAGGUGUCGCCGAUGGCUCAAUCAAGCGCAGCUUUCACAUCGUUGAAGGUCUUGAGAAUGCGCCCAAGGCUCUUCCGAUGCUUUACCUUGGCCAAAAUACUGGCAAGCUGAUUGUCAAGAUCUCAGAUGAUCCUCAGCCCAAGGCUAAGAUGUGAAGUUACUUGUUCUUUUGCGACAGCUGAGUUUGCUUGAGGGGAACGCUGCCUGACUUUAGCACUGUUUCAUAUUUAUCAAGUACUAUAUAGUAUGCCGACAUGAUCAUUAAUUCGUGUCGAUAAAUUUACUGGAUUCAAAUCUGUCAAACAUCUUUAUCAUAGCCGCC